CCAAAUUCAGGGGCCAGAUUGACCAAUUUUCCAAUUAAUUUUGGAUGAAUUGCUCCUUCCAUGCCAACCAGCUAAAAUUAAUCUUCAAUAACAGUUCGCAUCAGAAUAAUAUAUAAAUUUCUACAAUUUUCCUCUUUUUCAUCUGAUCUCUUUUUUCAUUUCGUUCUCUUAUCCUCUCUUAGAAAAUAACCCUAGCCGCCAAUCACCUAUCAAAAGUUACGGCAAAAAUAUAAUCACAACUUCUUCUUCUUCUUCUUCUUUUAUGUAACCGAACCCUCCAUCGCUAUUCAAGCUCAUUGCUACCCUUGUCUUUUGCCAGCCGCUUUCAAGCUUCACUAUCCGCUGUACCUUUUUUAACAGUCCAGCAAUCUGUUUUCUCCUUUGUGAAUUUGGUGUUGAAAGGAGUCGAAGUGACCGCUCCGUCUCUCUCGGUCUCACCAUUGGCCUUAUCAGUCACCGGUGCCGUUGUCGCCAAUUUCUAUCGGUUAGUCUGGGACAGUUCCUCAGAUGAAAAUGGGUUCCAUCUAGAUAGGUUUUUGGAUUAAAGAAGCGUAUAUGUACUUAAGAAAUUUGGAAAUGAGCUUGAUUUUCAGGUUAAGAAAUCAUUUACCAAAUGGCUUUUCUACAAAAAGCUUAUUUUCGCCAUUGGUCCCAUUGAGUUUCAUGAGCUUGAAUGGGGUGUUGUGUCGAGGUUUUGCCCAAUCUCUGAGAAAAGAUGAGGAUGAAGAAGAAGAGGUUGAAAUUGAUCAGAGGAGACUCCCGACUGAUUAUGAUCCUGCAACUUUUGAUCCCACGGAGCAUCGUAGUCCACCAACUGAGCGUGUUUUCAGGCUUGUUGAUGAAAUUUCGGGGCUAACUUUGGUGGAAGUUGCUGAACUAAGUUCCAUUAUAAUGAGAAAGAAAGGAAUGACUGAAUUGCCUGUUGUAGGGAUUAUGAAGGGUGGUGCUGCUGGAUUGGCUGGAAUGGCGGUGAAGGCAUCAGCUGCUUCUGCCAAGGAAGAGAAGAAACCUGAGAAGACUGUUUUUGAAUUGAAGUUGGAGUCAUUUGAAGCUGCUUCAAAGAUUAAGAUAAUCAAGGAGGUUCGGAGUUUUACUGAUUUGGGUCUUAAGGAAGCCAAGGAUUUAGUAGAGAAGACGCCAUCAGUGCUGAAAACUGGAGUAUCAAAGGAAGAAGGAGAGAAAAUAAUUGAGAAGAUGAAAGCAGUUGGGGCCAAAGUUGUGAUGGAAUAAGCCUAAGCCAUUUUUUUACAUUAGGCACUUCAACAUCUGCAAUAUUUAUCAAGUUUCAGGUGAGGAUUUUGCUGGCUGUUACUCUUACUGUGUUAUCUGUAUUGCCAAGAAGUUUUGUUGUUGAAAUUGAGAAAAAGAAAAGUGGUAUUAUCAGUUUGUUGUUUAAUUGCUCUAAGGGAGGAAAAUCUUUUUUACUUUGAUUUUUUUACUUAUUGUUAAAUGAGUCAAAGAAGGAUAGUUAAGAUCAGUCCAGAAUAUUGCAUAAAACUUUGCUAUGCUUCUGGUUUUAGAGAUCUUCUAUAUGGAGAUUCAACUAAUAAAGAAUAGUUUCUUUUCUUCAUGUGCCUAAAAACAGUCCUUUUAUUUC